UUCCUUUUGAGUUCUUUUAGAAAAUGAUUACCCACUCAAGAAAUAUUGUCUACUAUGUUCCAUGCAAUAUUCUUAGUAUUUAAGGUGCUGAAGAAACAUCACUGAACAGAACAAAAAUAUCCCUGACCUCGUGGAGCUUAUAUUCCUAAUGGAGGGAAGACCGACAAUAAGAAAGAAAAAUAGUAAUUACGUUAGAAGGUGUAAGAGUUAUGAAGAAAACUGAAGCAAGGGGGGGUGGGGACAGGCAACAUUUUAAAUGGGUUGAUCAGAGUAGGCUUCUUUGAAAAAGGUGACAUUUGAGCAAAGAUGGGACAGUAGUGAGGGAUGUAGCCAUGCAAGUAUUUGGUGGAAAGAUCCUUCUAGAUGGAGUACAGUCAGUGCAAAGGCCCCAAGGCAAAAAGAUGCCUUGCUGUUACAGGAGCAGGAAAGCUGGAACAAAGUGCUUGGUAGAAAUAAGGUCAGAAAGGUGGAUGUGAGGAGGGACUCGGAAGGCUAGCUAGCAUAAGGUUUUUUAGGUCACAGGGUGACCUGGCUGAGAAAGGACUCUGGCUGAGAAAACAGGAGCCAAUGAUUUUGGCUUGCUCCUAGGUCUGUAGAUAAACUCUUUAAAUGUUAAAAGCAUGUUCAUGUCACAUUAUAGGUUGGUACAAACCUCACGUUGUUUACACUUACUUCAUCACCUUUAGGUGAAAAUGUAUUGCUCCUGGAAUGGGAAAAUAAUGUACAAAAAGUUAAAUACUCAAGGCUAGUUGCCUAAAUUACAGUUUUAAUUCACCAGCAGGUAUCUUAAAUAUUAAUAAGUCUCCUUCUCUGUUUUCUUACUUACAGGUUGGAACAAUAUCUUUUUCCAGCUUCCUUGUUGUCUCUAGUAUCUCUUAGUUUCCUUUAAUAUCUAGGUCCUGAUAGUAUAUUCCAAUCGUAUUUCCUAUUCAUGGAUUAAUCUGUCAAUACCAGUAACACAUUUUAUUGUGUUGCAGAGAUCAGAAUUCUGCUGGGCCAGUAAUAUGGAAAUUAUGUAUCAGAUGUAGACCAAAACAACAACAAAAACUACUUUGCCUCAAUUAGUUGAAUUCAUUAAAAUGAAGGUUUUUCUUGAAUUUCUACCAGACUACCUAAAUGAACAAUUUUGUUUCCUUGGUGAGGAUACAACAGAAUAGUGGUAACACAAGUUUGUAAUGCCUUCACUUAAUAUUUUGAGAAUAUGAGAGUAAUGUGUUAAAUUUCAUUUUAUAAAAUAGUACCAUUGUUAAGGAAAGGAGUCGAGGUGUGGGGAAGGAGAUUCCGGAAAGGGGAAUGAACUAUUGGCAUUAGUUUUCCCAAAUGCCUUUGUACCCCCUGUAAAAAUCUGAAAAUCUUCAAAUUUCCUUGUAAACUAGUUUCUAACACACCAGAGUAAUACACUUUGACAGCGGGUUCAGGUAAACUACUUGCAUUCAUAUUCAGGUAGAAGUGACUGUCUCCAAUUCCUCACAAUGUAACCCAUCUAGUAGAUUCAGAAUGGUGUCAGUCUCAGGGGCUUCUAUGCACAGAGUGCCCGAGUUCAGUCCCAUUUUAAGUUGGCACUAUUUACAAUGACACCUGCUGAAAUCUGCACCGAUACAUAAACAUAUUCUAUCAAGAAGCCAGCAGAACUGUAGAAAUGGCAGUUAAAAAGCAAAAGUGGCUUUGUUUUGUUUUGAGAUCUCUCAGAAGCUGCGAAACUAAGCCCUCAUUGUUAUGCAGGUGCUGGCCAAUCACCUAAUCUGCAACAGUCCCAACCGCUAGGAUAGUGGCUAAAGCUGAUAUGCCUGUAUCAGUUCUACAACCUGUCGCACACCCCAGAAAAGGGUUCGCUGACGACUGGUAAGGACAAAGGAAAGUUUCUGUCAAAGUUCAGGAAGAGAGGGACUGCGCGGGGAGCAGUUUCAGAUCAUAUUUAACCCCAUUCGCGGAGGGACCCGACCCUUCGCAUGCUCCUAGGUCGCUGUUGGGCAAAGGAAAUGCGAGAGGAAAGUUUUUCUACAGGACAUCUGCCGCCUUGUCCCCGAGACGCGCGAGGUCCGCAGCGCCAUCAGUCGAAAGCUCGGUCUCUGCCGGUCUCGCUCCACCCCAGAGUCGGCCCAUCCCGGCGUGCGGCGGAGGACGAGCGAACUCUGCGGACGCGCGCGCCAGCUCCCGGGCUGGCCCUGCGCUGGGCCCCGUCUCCACUCCCGGCAGUCCCAAGUCCGCCUGGGACCCCAGUUUUGGAGGCCUCACCGCUGUGGCCGAGUGGGCCGCGAGGCGUCCACCUCCACUUCCCCACGCGCCGGCGCCAUGGAGACGGUCACGAGUCGCCGGCGGCUCCUGCGCUCACCAAUGGGAGCGCACGUCGCAGAAAGACGCGGACGUCGCUCUUCCAAGAUGGCGGCGCGUCCGUCGCGAGCAGCCGGGCCGGGGGGAAGCCAGCAAAGCCGAGUAAAGCCGCCGCCCGGGAGAGGACUGAAGGAGCUGUUUCGGCCGUUGGCGGCGGCUCGGGCAGUUUUCGGUGCUGCUACGGCUGUUGCCAUGCGGCGAGGCUAGGGAGGAGCUCACUUCCCCGGGGUGUAAUAAUGUUAACAGAGACCAGUCUAUCCAUAUGGGGAUGGGGAAGCCUUGGCAUUGUCCUUUCUCUAAUAACCUUUGGACCCUUUGUAAUAUUUUAUUUGGCCUUUUAUAUCCUCUGCUUUGUGGGUGGGGGUUUUGUGGUUACUCUCCUGUUUGGAAAAACAAACUCAGAGAAGUACCUAGAGCAGUGUGAACACUCAUUUCUUCCUCCAACGUCAACUGGGAUUCCUAAGUGCUUAGAAGAAAUGAAACGAGAAGCCAGGACUAUAAAGAUUGAUAGAAGAUUGACAGGUGCCAAUAUAAUUGAUGAGCCUCUCCAGCAAGUUAUCCAGUUUUCUUUGAGGGAUUAUGUCCAGUAUUGGUAUUAUACACUAAGUGAUGAUGAAUCUUUUCUUCUUGAAAUUAGGCAGACUCUUCAAAAUGCACUCAUUCAGUUUGCCACUAGGUCAAAAGAAAUAGACUGGCAGCCUUAUUUUACUACACGUAUUGUAGAUGAUUUUGGCACACACCUGCGAGUAUUCAGAAAAGCUCAACAGAAGAUAACAGAGAAAGAUGAUCAAGCAAAAGGUACAGCAGAAGAUCUUGUGGAUACCUUCUUUGAAGUUGAAGUUGAAAUGGAGAAGGACGUUUGCCGUGAUCUAGUGUGCACUUCUCCCAAAGAUGAAGAAGGAUUCCUAAGGGAUUUGUGUGAGGUCUUAUUAUAUUUAUUGCUACCUCCUGGAGAUUUCCAGAACAAGAUCAUGCGAUACUUUGUCAGGGAAAUCCUUGCACGAGGAAUUCUUCUUCCAUUAAUAAAUCAACUCAGUGAUCCUGAUUAUAUUAAUCAAUAUAUCAUAUGGAUGAUCCGUGAUUCUAAUUGCAACUAUGAGGCCUUUAUGAACAUUAUUAAAUUGAGUGACAAUAUUGGAGAGCUAGAAGCGGUCAGAGAUAAAGCAGCAGAAGAAUUACAGUAUCUUCGAUCUCUAGAUACAGUUGGUGAUGAUAUCAACACUAUCAAGAAUCAAAUAAAUAGCUUAUUAUUUGUAAAGAAAGUAUGUGACUCAAGAAUACAGCGAUUGCAGUCAGGCAAAGAAAUAAAUACUGUGAAACUGGCAGCAAACUUUGGGAAACUUUGCACAGUCCCCUUGGACAGCAUUCUUGUAGACAAUGUUGCACUACAAUUUUUUAUGGAUUACAUGCAGCAAACUGGAGGUCAAGCACAUCUCUUCUUCUGGAUGACAGUGGAAGGAUACCGAGUUACAGCCCAGCAGCAACUGGAAGUUUUAUUAAGUCGUCAGAAAGAUGGAAGACAUCAAACCAACCAAACCAAAGGUCUUUUAAGAGCAGCUGCUGUUGGAAUAUAUGAACAGUAUUUAUCAGAAAAGGCAUCUCCAAGAGUUACUGUUGAUGAUUAUUUGGUAGCAAAAUUAGCAGAUACUUUGAAUCAUGAAGAUCCAACCCCUGAAAUCUUUGAUGACAUUCAGAGGAAGGUCUAUGAAUUGAUGCUACGAGAUGAAAGAUUUUAUCCUUCCUUCAGACAGAAUGCUCUUUAUGUGCGCAUGUUAGCUGAGCUGGAUAUGUUAAAAGAUCCUAGUUUCAGAGGAUCAGAUGAUGGUGAUGGAGAGUCUUUUAAUGGGUCUCCUACUGGAAGCAUAAAUUUGUCUUUAGAUGACCUUUCAAACGUAUCUUCUGAUGACUCAGUACAACUCCAUGCUUACAUUUCAGACACUGUAUUUGCUGACUAUGACCCAUAUGCUGUGGCAGGCGUUUGUAAUGAUCACGGCAAGACAUAUGCAUUGUAUGCUAUCACUGUACACCGACGCAAUCUUAACAGUGAGGAGAUGUGGAAAACCUAUCGUCGUUAUAGUGACUUUCAUGACUUCCAUAUGAGGAUCACUGAGCAGUUUGAAAAUCUAUCAAACAUAUUGAAGCUUCCUGGUAAAAAGACUUUUAAUAAUAUGGAUAGAGAUUUUUUAGAAAAAAGAAAAAAGGAUUUAAAUGCAUAUUUGCAGUUACUAUUAACUCCUGAAAUGAUGAAAGCAUCCCCAGCUUUGGCUCACUAUGUGUAUGAUUUCCUUGAGAACAAAGCCUACAGUAAAGGGAAAGGGGAUUUUGCUCGCAAGAUGGACACUUUUGUAAAUCCACUUCGAAAUUCUAUGAGGAAUGUUUCAAAUGCAGUUAAAUCCCUUCCUGAUAGCUUGGCAGAGGGAAUGACUAAAAUGUCAGACAACAUGGGCAAAAUGUCAGAAAGAUUAGGUCAAGACAUAAAGCAAUCAUUUUUCAAGGUGCCUCCUUUAAUUCCGAAGACUGACUCAGAUCCUGAACAUUGUCGGGUCUCAGCUCAACUUGACGAUACUGUGGAUGACAAUAUUCCACUUAGGGUAAUGCUGCUUCUUAUGGAUGAAGUAUUCGACUUAAAAGAGAGAAAUCAGUGGUUGCGAAGGAAUAUCAAAAACCUACUUCAGCAGCUUAUUAGAGCCACAUAUGGUGAUACUAUUAAUAGAAAAAUAGUUGACCAUGUUGAUUGGAUGACCUCACCUGAGCAAGUAGCUGACUUAGUGAAACGUUUCAGAGAUGCCUUUUGGCCAAAUGGCAUUUUAGCAGAGACUGUUCCAUGCAGAGAUAAAGCUAUUCGAAUGAGAACAAGAGUUGCAGGAAAAACUAAACUACUUUCAAUUAUGCCAGAUGAACUGAAGCACAUUAUUGGGGCUGAAACAACACGGAAAGGUAUUCUUCGUGUUUUUGAAAUGUUUCAGCACAACCAGUUAAAUAGGAGAAUGGUUUAUGUCUUCUUGGAAGGCUUUUUGGAAACCUUAUUUCCACAGUAUAAAUUUCGUGAACUCUUCAACAAACUGCAUUCACGAUCAAAGCAGAUACAGAAAUAUAAACAGAAACUUCAAACUACUCAAGCGCCUUCUUUACAGAAGAGGUGACACUCCAAUCUCUGAAGCUGGUGUUCAUUUUGUCCAGGACUAAUAAUAUGGACAGAUCUUCUGGGGCUUAACUCAUAUACUGUCAUGUCGCACCAGUCUUUUAGUGUCUCAAAAUAGAUUAUUAAUACAUCCAUAAGACUGUGGUUCUUCUCAUCCUCGUCCAUAAUCCAGCCACUACCAAGAGAGAUUUCUGUGUCUUAAAUGAUUUGGUGCAUAUUUUUGCAACAUUGAGAGGAUACUGCCCCCUUCUCAAGCAAGAAUGACAUUGGUCUCUUCCAUUUCAAACUAAUCAGCAUUCUCCAGCAAUGACAAAGUGCCAGAAUGUAUAUGUGAGAGCUGAGGAAAGCACAAAACAAUGGUUCACAGAUAAACUGGCUAAUUUGUUUAACCGUGGGCGACUGAGCAAUGUAUGAUUUGGAGGGAUUUGUUUUUGCAUAAUUUUAUAGAUCUUUAUCAGAAUUUUGAUAUAAUGUGGAUUAGCCAGGUGAAUGAUCUUUGGAACAUCUGCUUCAGGUCUGGGGAAAGUGACAGGAUGCCCUUAAAGUAUGAAGUAACCUUAUACCCUAAUUACAGUUUUGUGACAUAAAAUAAAACCAAUCAAAAACAGAAUUUGAUUGGAUUUGUUAUUAUUGGUAUAAAACAAAUUUUAAUUGAUUCUUACGUGCUUUGGGGCUCUGUUUUGCUCUUAUGGUACUCAAUCAUAAGUUUUCUUUUGGUAUUCUGUGUGCAAAAAGAAGCAUAUAGUGGCACUCUCAGUUAAGUUUCAAAAUUAUUACAGUUUUCUUUAAGAGAUUACUGAUUACACAAUAGGGAGUAUAAUCUCGAAAGAACUGCCAAAUACAUUCUGUUAUUUUAAAAACAUGGAAAUUAAAAAAAGAACAGCACCAUUGAAAGUUACAAUGUGAUCAUUUUAAAUUGUGUGAUCUAGACAUACCUUAGGUGAUUGCAAAAGUAGCAAAUCAAAGGAUUAAAUGAGCUUUUAGUCACAUGUAAACAGACAAAUUCCUAAUUCUAUUACUGUGUAUAUAUAUAUAUGAAAAUAAAUAAUGAAAACAGAACUAUAAUAUUUUUUAAAAUAUGCUUUUAUUUAUAUUUUGCAUAAUGUAAAAUUCUACUAAAUAAAGCAAGUUGACAAAACCCCUGGGUGUAUACAUUUAAGUCCCUGAAAUAAUUUUAUACCAACAACAACAAAUUACCUUUUCCAAUUCUGGGGCCUCUGCAUUUCUUAUAGUUUUCUCAUUCUCCGUUUGUCCAUCUUAGAAGUCUUCAUAUAGCUUGUAUGCAGGAUUUCUGCAUAGUUUUAAAUACUUACACUGACUAAGGGUUUGGGUAUGUCAGCAUUUUUUGUUUUAAAAAUAUUUAACACUACAACCUUAAAAUAGUGAAGCUACUUAUCAGACCACUGAGCCAAGAUCCUGGUAUUAGAAGAACGUCUGGGUGCUUAAGAUAAAGGGACAAAGUUUCGGUAUCCCAGUUAUUUGGGAGCUUUAAGAUGGAAACAAGAUGUUAUUGUCUUGUUUUCACCGAGAUCCUACUUACAAAGUGAAGCCUAAUAACAGAUUAAAGCCUUCCUUUAAAGCUUUAUAAUAAUAAUAAUCAUAUUUAUUAAUAAUGCUGUUGUGCAUACUUAACAGUAUGCAUAUAUUCAGCAUGUAUUGCAUGUCUAAAGAAUUACUAAAUGAAAUCCCUUUCGUUGCAACUUGCAAAUGAGAAAAGAUCCUUAUUGACUCUGGCAGAAGAAAUAAUACUUUUUCUUCCCAGUGUGUCUCACUGCUGUGGUCCCCCCUGCCCCCCAUUCCCCAGGCUUUAAAGGUGAGGAUUUGUGAAACAUGUCUGUGGGAAGCAUCAGCAUGGCCAUAAGUACAAUGAUUCUCAAAUAUACCCUUGCCCAUUUCAAGUAUAUUUUUGACAUAAAUAAGUCUUAAGAGUAAACAAGAAUUCAUUUAAGAGCCUAGUGUGUACAUAUGAAAAGCAUUUCCAGAUAAUGUGAGGAAUGCUGGCCAUCAACCAGGGAAAGAAAGAAAGGUCCUGCAAAAUUGCAACUUUUCAUAACAGAGCCCUGCAAAGUAACUGCAAUCAUACCAAAAACUAUAUGAGUAAAUGGGUUUUUUAAGUAAUUUUUGUUUCAAGAGUUUAUAUUUCAAAAGCAGAAAUGUCAAAUGGUAGUCUAUGUAAAUGGUUGUGCGUCUUCUCUAUGCACAUCUAUAUGUUUUACAUCAGAGAGAGCUGUGGUCAUGCUAAAAUUAGAGAUACUUUCUGAAUGACUUGGUCAAGCUGUGUGUAAAAUAUUUAAUUCAUAAGUCAAGUACAGUGUACUAUGUUUAAUAAAGUUAUUACAUUUAAUGCAUUUAUUGCAUAUUUAUAAAUAUAUACCUGAAGAGGCUUUAAGUCUUCUGAUAUUUGAUUUUUUGAAUGUGUUUUUAAGUCAGUGGUGCCUUUAGGCAAGAACCUUCAAAAUUAAUCAUCCUUUUUUGGGCUUUCUGAUUUUUUCAGGUAACAAACUAUUUAGGAACCAUCACUACUAAUAGUUGAUUCACCUAAAAAUUGAUUGUAUGAUUUAAAUAUAGCGCUUAGCUGGGCAUUUCCUCUGAUUAGGGUGUUCUGAAUAGUUGCUGAAAAAAUUGUGCCAUUGACCAAUGGAUACACUUGGUUAGCCUUAAUUUUUUUUUUUUUAAUUAAAAACUUUCUUGAGUAUUUCUGUUGGCUCAUUUUAAGUUUGUGCUGCUGGUGUUUGGAAAAAAAUCAAACAGUUAAGUGCUACCAGAAAGUGUAUCAAUUUUUAAAAAAUUAAGAACAAUAUAAAUUUCACAAUCUAAAAUUUUAAUUUUGUGCAAUAUUUUCAUUUAAUGCAUGUGUAUUUGAGUAAUUGUAAAAUAAAUGAAUUUUUAAUGUUUUGAGAUCUAGUUUAAACUGUCUUCUUAACCCAACAACUUACAUUCCGUUGUUGCUGCAUCCUUUUAUUUAAGGACUUGUUUUAAAAGUCUUUUUUGUCACUCCUUGUAAAAUUCUUUUGUUAUUAGUAAAUUUUGCUUAUGGGAGCAUGGCUCCUGUAUUACAAGGGAAAAAUAUAAAGAGCACAUCUUAGGAUUAUAGUUGUUAAAAGAUAACUUGUGCAUAUCAUUGUACAGUAAAUGUCAACUGUGUGCCUAACUAUUCUAUCAAUACUUUCCUUCUUUAACAAAGAAGAAACAACAAUCAGAAUGUCAGUUAUUUUUAUUGAACUAAAAAGAAGAUUAAAAUUUUUAUUUGGUUUGCGUUAUGUUCUGUCCAUUAGAAAAUACUAAUAAAAUAUUAACAAAC